AUGAGCUCACAAGUUCAAAUGCAACGCUUAGCCGAAAGUAUUAAAUUCAUUAGCCCUCGUAGAGGAAUAUCUACUUUUAGUGAAGUGAUAUCUAGUAAACGAUACUUGUAUGAUGCCAACAAGCAGGAACCGCCUUCAUUAUUUUACCUUGAAAAUGCAAUCAACCAAACUUCAAUUACAUUAAAAAGGUCAGAUCCGAAGCUAAUAAUACUAGAUUUGAACGGUACCCUCGUAUACCGUGACAAAUCACACUCCAAUCGAACGUUUCCACGGCCAUUUUUGAUGCAAUUCCUGGACUACAUCUUCGAAAGAUUUUAUGUAAUGAUAUGGUCUUCCGCUUCCCCACAUAACGUCAAAAAGAUUAUCGAUGCAGUUUUUCCACCGAGACAUUCAAAUAACUUGGUUGAUGUGUGGGCACGUGAUACAUUUGGUUUAACGACUUUUCAGUAUAAUCAAAAAUGGCUCACCAUAAAAAAUUUGGAAAUAGUUUGGGAUAGACUUAACAGCCAAAAUAAUAGAGGUCGGGAAAGUCCACCAAUAUGGAGCCAAAAAAAUACGGUGCUAAUUGAUGAUUCGCCGCUUAAAGCUCAAUUGCAACCAUACAAUGCCAUCCAUAUUGAUGAAUAUGACGUAGAACUUCAUCGUUCCAGAAGAGACAAAGAAUUAAAAGAUGUGAUUACAUAUCUAUCUAAUCUCAGAUAUGAGAGCAAUGUUAGUGCAUUUAUGAGAAAGAAUCCUUAUAAACACAUAUUCAAGAACAAAGAAUCCUACACGCAAUACUUAAGUGUAAUAGAACAAAAUGAAUCAUACAGUAGACAAUACUGGCUAGAAAAGCAACGAAUAAUGGAUAGGAAUAAGAAGACUGAUAAUAAUAGUAGUAGCCUCUCUGUAAAUACGACUAAAUUCCAACAACCACGAUCAAAGAGACCCAACAAUCAACAUAUUACAACAUCGACCUCAAUUUAUAAAAAAUCACGACGAGAAAGGGAUGGAGGAUACGAUAGUAAGAGGUUGUAUCGUUAUGAAAAUUAG